GAGCGGGGUAAGUUGAGCCGUAUCCCUACUACCCCCCCACUCUCCACCCCAGCCCUCCCUCACCUUCUCUCUCCCUAAAUAACAGUCACUUCUUCACAUUCAUGUGUAUUUUUAUCUACUAUACACUAUUCAACUGGUACAAUAAUUAUCUUUAUUAUUAUUGCAAAUAACUGCUUAAAUCUGUUCUGUAAAAAAGUCAUUUUAACAUGAGAAUGUCUUUAAGUGAUUCCGAACAUUCACAGCUGCAUUUUUGAAAAGAAAAAGUAAAAACAUUAACAAUCUGAACUGAAACUCUGAUCCUCUCAUCAGACUCCUUUACUUUUUCAGUUGAGUCAAAUGAUUUAACUUACCCCAGAACUACUAUUAUGACUUUAUUCAUCCUCUAAGCUAAAAUGGUGGACUUUUAUGUUAGGUUUUUGACAUUUGUAGCCCAUAGAUACCACAACUGAUGUAUAAAACAAAUUUAAAAUGAUCUUUUUUGGUAUAAACACAAUUCUAAUAAAACUUAUAACAGACUAAAUUCACUUUUUCGAUUUUUUUUUUUUUUAAAUAAAUGUCUAACCUCUUCACCCAUGUGCUUCUUACCUUCACAGACUCCAUGAAUUGAUGCCCAUCUUCUUAAUAUUUGGUCACAUGAUCAAUUUCUUUUACCAUUUCCAAACAACAGGGAGCGACUUAAACUUACCCUUUGGCUCAACUUACCCCACUCUCCCUGAUAUGCAUUUCAACACAGAAACAACCAAACAGCUCAUAUAUUUCUUCGUGGUGUCUGUAACAUUGACAGUACUUAACUUUCUUUGCUAUUUAUUGUCUUAAAAGCUCAUUUUGUCGGUACUUUAUGUUGUUAAAUUCAGGAGCACUGAGGCCUUCAGGAUGCCAUUUUCAUCUCUCGACCAUCCUCUUUGAAAUCUAGCCAUCGGGCAUCCACUACUCUAGUCUGUCAGUCCACACCACGCAUGCGCAGUCACAGCUCGGCUCCAAAAAUGCCGAUGUGGCUUCUUUGACAUGAAAUUUUAACUUUCCCCUCGGGUUUAAGAGCAAACUCUCACCAUGAAACUUUUCAUCCUGGCUUUAAUUUUUCUCUGCGAGUUUGUCAGAGGACAGAACGACGAGAGGCUGCCGAAUAAAUGCGAAGGUAGGACGAAGACGGAGCAGAAGCUAGUUUAAGGAAUCUGAUUGGUUAGAAACAGCUGUACGGCGUUUGUUUACAUGCAUCUUAGACCUCGAGCUUCUGCUUUAGCUCUCUGAUAUUUAUAUUUAAACGCAGAGAUAUGGUUUUUUUAUGAGUUUUUACCUUUUUUUCAGUGUGUAAGUUCUUGACGGUGGAGCUGCAGGAUGCUCUGGAGAAAACAGGUCGAUCCAAAGAAGUGUUGGAGGUGGGAGAAGUGCUGGAUACAGGCAAGAGAAGAAGAAAGAUCAAGUAUAACACCUCGUAAGUGCAUUCUGGGAAAUCGAUAUGAAGCAGAAGAUGAACUAGUGAUGGGCACGGCAGUUGUUUUAGAUGUACUGAAUCACUAGAAUCGGUUCACUGAAAAGAUUCGUUCAAAAGUUUAGUUCACCAAAUCACUGAAUCAUGUAGCGCUUGGCGGGAGAAGCCUUCGACUCCGACCUACUGAACUGAUACACAGCUGAAUGUUUCAGGAUUAGUUUGGUAGUUUUGUCUGAUAAAAAUGAUCCCAGAGAGUGUAGUUCAAUGUAUGAUUCGUUUACCAAGUGAUUCAGGUGUCGGUUCACGCGGUCCCUUGUUCGCCAGCUGCUCAACUGGCAAUGCUGUUUCUCACUUCAGUUCAACUGAAGUAAGAAACGAGCGAAUCACCCGAGGAAGUGAUUCGCUUCAAUACGUUCACUUAAAAGAUUCGGUUCUUUUGAAUGAAUCGUUCAUGAAUGACAACACUAAGCUGAAUCAAAAUAAACAAAAACUCCCCCAAGUAAUCUGAUCAGCUGUUUUGAUGAGGUAAGUUUUCUUUUACUGCAAAGAAAGUGAUGAUAAUGCAUCUGUAUUGUGUUUGCAGAGAAACUCGGCUGACAGAGGCGAUCGAUAAUAUAUGUGAAGGCAUCCUGCAGUAUAAUGUUCAUGCAGAGAGGCCUGGAAGUCUCAGAUAUGCCAAGGUAAAGCUCACCUGCCUGUAUUCUCAUGAAUAGGUGUGUGAAGGUUUACUAUUCCUCACGGGAAAAACAAACGUGAUCUAAUCGCUCAAAGGGGCGCCUUCAGAACUCCAAAAAUCCGUGCUCAACCCUUGAAAAUUUCCUCCUGUAAGUCAUCUGUAAAUAUUGUCACAGGGAACCAGUCAGACCAUGUCGACUCUGAAGAAUCUGGUCCACAAAGGGGUCAAAGUGGACUUGGGUCUGCCGUAUGAGCUGUGGGAUGAACCUUCUGUGGAGGUUACAGACAUGAAAAAGCAGGUAGGAGGGUGUUUGUAUGCCAGUUUAUCAUGUUUCAAACAAUCACAAGAGUAGUUUGAAUUUAUAAAGUUGUAUGUAAAUCAAUUUAUAAAACUUGGUGAGUGUAUCUAUGUGUGUACUCUUCAGUGUGAGACGAUGCUGGAGGAGUACGAGGAGGUCGUGGAGGACUGGUACUUCCAUCAUCAGGACCAGAGGCUGGAGAACUUCCUCUGUCAAGAUCAUGUCCUCAAGGCCUCAGAGCAAGGUAGAUUAACCAGUUCACUUAAGAGUGGAACUGGAAAGUGCUUUUCCACCAAAAGCACCAACAACAACAUUUCUUGAAGGGGUGUCUAACUUGGUGUUACAGUGUGUUUGACCCUAACUUAAUUUAACGCCAGAAUAUCCCUUUAAGUUUCUCUGUGAUAUUAUUUACCCAGGGCAACAAUGUAAAGUAAGAUUUAAAAAACAGUUGUAUGAAGUCUAAACUGCACUACUUUUCCUCCUCUGUCCACCAGAAUGUAUGAAUGAGUUGUUGAAAGGAGACGUGGGAAACAAAGAAGCUGCCAAAGAGGAAGCAAAAGAGGAAGAGGGGAAGAAGACACAUGAUGGUGGAGAACUUUAAGGAAAACCAUUUUCAAGAACAGACAAUCAGAAGACAAUCCAGUGACCUCGGUUUCAGCUUUUAGCUGGACGUGACACUUUUUCGCUGUCACUAACAAAUAAUGGAUCAGAGUUUACAUCAGGAGUUUGAAUGUUUUUAACUUCUCCUGUUAUUUUGUAUUAAAGUCCUCUGUGGCACUUUUUUUAAACACUAUUUGGAUUGUGGCUCAGAGUCUUUACAGUUCAUAUCUGAGGCCUUUUCCAACAGCUGUUAUACCUUUCAGCAUUAUAUGGUACAUAUCAGUAUUUUUACCCAACACUUCUCCUCAAAAUGCAAUAUGUACAUUUUUUCCAUUGUGAAUAAAACACCUUUUGUACUAAU